AUGGCAUCCAGAGCCAUGUGGCGCUUGGUCUUGCUGAGCGCGGCGAGUGGUCUUGUGACUAAGGUGCCCGAACGCCUCUCUGUCGAAGGCGACAGCCCUCAGCUUUUCAGGACUCAACAGCUGGCAUUCCUGGAGACUUCCAUUAACACGCUCCUGGCACAAAAUGCGACUCCUGCGCUUGCCAACCUCACUGUGGCGAUUCUGGAGAUGAUGCAGAGCAUGAAGACCGCGAUCGAAGACCAGGAGAAGACCAUCCAGACCGAGGUCAACACGGCCCACGGCAAUUUCGCCGCGUGUCCUCAGAUCAGCUUGGGAAGCAGCAAGACCUUCCUGGAUGACUUCACGGAGGCGAGUGCCAAGCACAAGGUGUGCCGUCAAAGCGAGUCUGCUUUGGCUGACACCAAUGAUGGCUGCCUUACCCAGAAGAAGGUCGCCGAAGACGCCAAGAAUUCCGAGUGCAGCAAGAAGACGACCAUCGAAGAGGAAAGCUGCAAAAACCCCUCGACAUUUUGCCAAGUGCACGACUCUGAGAGCUGCAGCUCCUAUCUCAACAGGAUGGCGGACAAAUUCCAAACGGCCACGGGUAACUAUGCCUCAGAGUCAGCGUCCUGCUCCAACAAAACACAGCUCCUGACGGCGCAGACUCAGACAUGCACAACCGCCGGCGGUGACCUGCAGACGCAGAGGGACACUUGCAACAAUGUGCAGACUCGGAUGGACAUCGCCUCCUGCAACUACCACAAAGAGACCAAGAAGGGGUGCCAGUCUUGCUAUGAUCAGACCCUCACUGCCUAUCAGACUUUGUCCACGCAGACCGAUUCCAAGGUGGAGGACCUGCGCCGGGAGUACGCGGCGGUGUUGCACAUGGAGUGCCUGGCCGACUCCUUGAAGAAGGGCAGCGCUUCCGCCAUCCAGGCGGCCAUGUCUGCGUGCAAGGGAGUCGACUUCUAUGCCUCGGCCUCCGGCACUGUAAGCAUCACCUUCCAGCCGGCCCCCACCAGUGCCAGCUGCGACCUGCCCAAAGCUACAGCGGGCACUGCGGAGUACAAGGCUGCACAGUAUGAUGCGCUGCCCGCGAACGCCCCCGCGGCCAAAUGCGCCUGUUGCACCUGUGACACCCAUACGUGUCAGGGCACCAACAUGAUCCUUAAGUCGAAUGCCGAAACCAUCACGGGCCAGGAUGACGCGACUUGUUGCAGGUUGGACGCCUGCAGCUUCUUUACCUGCACAAGCCCCAACUUGUUCCUGAAACCCCAAGCUGCCGGCAUCAUCGGUCACGACGAGUCCACCUGCUGCGCCAGCUUUGCUUUGCAGAUGUCUUCGUGCAGCGCCACUGGCAUGAAUGGCCCCAUCCAGACUCAAUGCGACAACACUUACGGGGCAGAAUAUGGCGUGAAGGUUGAGCAGGGGGCUCAAUUACUGACAGUUCCGGCCACCGGCUUCUACUCUCUCACAGCCAAGGGCUCCAAGGGAGGCGGUGGUGGCGCCACAUGGGUGGCCAAGGUGGUCAGCGCUGGCGGUGAUGAUGCUUCAGCCUUCAAGACAGGGCUUCGCGUGGAGACAUUGCUGAUUGCUGGAGGUCAGGCGCUCGGCGGCACCCCGACUGUGUCCGCUGCUUCGGUGGCGGUGGAGCUCCUUAUGACGGCGGAGGAGGCGGUGGGGGCUACGAAGGCGGAGCUUGCAACAUCGGGGGAACGAAUAACGACUGCUAUGGCGGCACAAGCUUCUCCAGCCGUUCUGGUGCUACCGCACUGGCAGGCUCUGCCCGCGCAAGGCUCAGCAGGGCACGGGCGGCCAAAGCGCCGGAAAAUUUCCUGGAGGAUGAACCCUGAGGCUCAGAUGGACAUGGUGAUUUACGCGCUCUCGGGUGCAAUCAACUGCGGUGCCAUGCGCAUCGCCCACUUCCGGGCGCUGACGGGUGCGGGUAACGCCGGAAGCGCGCCGGUGCUGUACGAGGUGGUUCUUGGCAGCGACGCCAAGUGCUGGGCCGUGAGGCGUCGGUACCGGGACUUCUACGAGGUGCACUGGGCGCUGCAUGAGGCGGGCCUCUGCGUGCCGAAUCUGCCCCCGAAGGAGCCGCUCUGCCAGAAGGUUUUCGGCCGAGAUGAGACGCGCUUGAGGUGGAGGGCGGAGCGGUGCCAGGAGCUGCACAAUUACCUGGAGCGGCUUUUGGACAUCCACCCCGCUCCCGAUGUCCAGAGCCCCGCGCCGCUGCGCCGGUUCCUGGCCCUGGACGAGGAAAGGCUCGAAGACUCGGUGGACCGGGCGCUUGCCCUGACCGGCGGGGAGACGAAGUUGGAGCAGGACGAGAGGUGGCACAUGUGGCCACUCCUGCUGGUCCUUGGCAGCCUGGUGCUGUUGGCGCAGUGGGAGUUCAGUGCGCACGAGUGGUCCCUGCUGAUUCUGACCUGCCUGUGGGGUAGUCAGAAGUUUGCGGAGCUCGCGGUGAAAGCGCCGGGCCCACCGGCGCCGGAGCAGCCGGACGCGGGAUGUGGCGAGCGUGAGUGCGAGGCGGCACGGGAGCGGCCCUUGACGUUGUCAAAGCUUCAGGAGGUGAAUUUGCACUUCCGGCAGCUGGGCUGUAGCUUCAGCGUGGGCUUCCUGCUGCUGGCGGCGGAGGGCUUUGCGCAGGUGGUGCGCCGGAUGGGUGCGCCGCUGCGGCUGGCGGCCCUGGAGGUGGAGAAGAACCACCGGAAGGUCGAGGCGCACUGUCGGAAUCCCGCGGGCUCCUUCCGCAGCUUUCUGGAGGCGGAGAAGGCCUCGGGCCGGCACGGGCCCGGCCCAGGCCUGGCGGACGACAGCGGGGCCAUGGGCUCCCUGUGGAUCCGCCGGACCUGGGAGUUCGUGGCGAAGCUCUUCGAGCGCCACCUGCAGGGACUCACCAUGCCGCAGGCGGCCCAGGAGGCCUACGAGCAGACCUUGGGCCGUUUCCACGGCCGGGUGCUGCGCGGAACCUUCGUGCUGGGCAUGCGGAUGACCUCCAGCCCCCAGGCGCUGUGCCGGUCCCUGGGUGUGGAUGAAGCAUCGCUGCGAGAGCAGAUGGAAGCCUUUCACAAGCUGGUGUUGCCGAUCUGCGAACAGAUGCGGACUGUGAGCGUUGAACUCGAUUUGGAGGACACCCGGCGGGUGUGA